GGACGCCUCCCUCCCAGCUGAGCGCUCAGCUGACCCCGACGGUCGAGGGGCCGGGCCGCGCCGCCGCUCCUUACUGGCGCAGCGCAGGGCCCGGGCCGGCCGCACCCGCCCUCGCCACCGCCUCCUCCUCCUCCUCCGCGCCCGGCCCCGCGCCGCCCACCGUCGCAGCGCCCUUCGCCGCCCGCACCUCCCCGCAGCUUGCCCCGAUGCUGUGAGCCCGCGCGGCCCCAGACCCGGCCCCUUCACGGCCGCGCCGCCAUCUCCCCGCGCCCCGUGGCGGCCAUUGGAGGUGCCCGUUUCGCAUUCAGCGAGCCGGCGGGAAGAGGAGCAGCCAGCCCGCCACCAUGGAGAGCCCCGGAGGCGUCACCGACAAGAAGAGGAUUAGCUCGGAACGCAGAAAAGAGAAGUCAAGAGAUGCAGCACGGUGCCGAAGGAGCAAGGAGUCAGAAGUGUUCUAUGAGCUGGCUCAUCAGCUGCCCCUGCCCCACACUGUCAGCGCACACCUGGACAAGGCAUCCAUUAUGAGGCUGACCAUCAGCUACUUGCGCAUGAGAAAGCUGCUGGAUGCUGGUGAGCUGGAGACAGAAGCCAAAAUGGAGAAGGAACUGAACUGUUUCUACUUGAAAGCUCUGGAUGGAUUCGUUAUGGUUCUGUCUGAAGAUGGGGACAUGAUUUACAUGUCUGAAAACGUGAACAAGUGUAUGGGACUCACUCAGUUUGAAUUGACGGGGCACAGCGUGUUUGAUUUCACUCAUCCAUGCGACCACGAAGAGCUGAGAGAAAUGCUUACACACAGAAAUGGUCCUGUGAAAAAGGGCAAAGAGCAGAACACAGAGCGCAGCUUUUUCCUCCGAAUGAAGUGCACACUGACUAGCAGGGGGAGAACAGUGAACAUAAAAUCUGCUACAUGGAAGGUACUCCACUGCACUGGCCACAUCCGUGUGUACGACACGUGCGGCAAUCAAACUCACUGCGGCUACAAAAAGCCUCCCAUGACGUGUCUGGUGUUGAUCUGUGAACCUAUUCCUCAUCCAUCCAACAUUGAGGUCCCUUUGGACAGUAAAACAUUCCUCAGUCGUCACAGUCUUGAUAUGAAGUUUUCCUAUUGCGAUGAAAGAAUUACAGAGUUGAUGGGGUAUGAGCCAGAGGAACUCCUGGGUCGCUCUAUUUAUGAGUACUAUCAUGCACUGGAUUCUGACCAUCUGACCAAAACACACCAUGACAUGUUCACAAAAGGGCAGGUGACAACAGGACAGUACAGAAUGCUUGCUAAACAAGGUGGCUAUGUCUGGGUUGAAACUCAAGCAACUGUUAUAUACAACACUAAGAAUUCUCAGCCACAGUGCAUAGUAUGUGUGAACUACGUGUUGAGUGGAAUUGUUCAGAAGGACUUAAUUUUUUCCCUUGGACAAACUGAGUGCAUGCUGAAACCAGUGGAGUCUCCUGAUAUGAAAAUGACCAAAAUCUUUGGCAAAGAUGACCUGGAUGAUACCAACAGCCUAUUUGAAAAACUUAAACAGGAACCAGAUGCUUUAACAGUGCUGGCCCCAGCUGCAGGAGACACAAUUAUCUCUCUAGAUUUCAGCAGUAAUGAGUCUGAUGAACAACAAUGUGAUGAAGUUCCUUUGUAUAAUGAUGUAAUGCUCCCCUCAUCCAGUGAGAAAUUGCAGAAUAUAAAUAUGGCAAUGUCCCCACUACCUGCCUCUGAAACUACAAAGCCACUUCGUAGCAAUGCUGAUCCCGCACUCAAUAGAGAAGUUGUAUCAAAGCUGGAGCCAAACACAGAGCCACUCGAACUUUCUUUUACCAUGCCUCAGGUGCAAGAGCAACCAACCAGCCCUUCUGAUGCAAGCACCAGCCAAAGUUCACCUGAGCCCAGUAGUCCCAACGACUACUGCUUUGAUGUGGAUAAUGAUAUGGCUAAUGAAUUCAAACUGGAAUUAGUGGAGAAACUGUUUGCAAUAGAUACAGAAGCAAAAAAUCCAUUUUCUACUCAGGAAACUGAUUUAGAUUUGGAAAUGUUGGCUCCUUACAUCCCAAUGGAUGAUGACUUCCAGUUGCGAUCCUUUGAUCAGCUCUCUCCGCUGGAAAGCAGUUCUUCCAGCUCCCAGAGUGCAACCACCAUUACCAUAUUUCAGCAGACUCAGACACCAUCAAGUACUGCUGAUGAAAUAAAGCCAGACACAGAACAAGUGGAGGACGUGAAGACUCUAAUUGUUCCUUCAUCUCCUGUUCACGUAGUCAAUGAAACGAGUAGUGCCCCAGCGUCACCUUACAGUGGGAACAGGAGUCGAACUGCUUCUCCAGUCAGAGCAGCAAAAGGAACACUGGAUCAGACAGAAAAGUCUUGUCUAGGAGCACCCAGUUUGCUAACAGUCACUCUGAAUAAAAGAUCUACUGCACUGGAUGAAGAACUAAAUCCAAAGAUGCUAGCUUUGCAUAAUGCUCAGAGAAAACGAAAAAUGGAACAUGAUGGUUCACUUUUUCAGGCAGUUGGAAUUGGGUCUUUGUUCCAGCAGACAGGUGACCGUGGAGGAAAUGCGACACUUGCUUGGAAACGUGUAAAAGGAUGCAAAACAAAUGGUCAUAGUGGAGUGGAGCAGAAGACAAUCAUUCUACUAUCGACUGACAUAGCAAGUAAACUUCUAGGGCAGUCGAUGGAUGAAAGUGGAUUACCCCAGCUCACGAGUUAUGAUUGCGAAGUAAAUGCUCCCAUACAAGGCAACAGAAACCUGCUACAGGGUGAAGAACUGCUCAGAGCUCUGGAUCAAGUUAACUGAGCUUUCACAAUAUUUGUUCCUUUUUUUGGACACUGGUGAAUCAUCACCUAAAGCAGUCUAUUUAUAUUUUCUAUAUCUGAUUUUAGAAGCCUGGCUACAGUACUGCACUAAUUCAGUUAGUUCAGUUUUGAUCCCCUUUCUACUUAUUUUGACGGUCUUUUUAAUAUGUUCUUUCUGUAACAAUAACUCAAACUAUAGCUCAUUUUUAUAAUUCUUUGGUAGAUACACUUUUAAGUCCAUUACAUUUAAAACACACUUGCAAUAGCAGCUUUGAAAUAUGCACCUGAUUUUAAAAAAAAAAAAAGGAGGAAAAAAAAAAACCCACAAGAAAAUAUUUAUUUUUUGGCUGGGGAGUUGGUCACCAAAACUUGUCAUGAGUAAAAUAUCACCACGGGAGAAACUGGCAGCACUUCUAUCCUGCUUUUCCUAGGGAGUUGGAAGACUUGUGCUCUCUUUGUGUUCAAAGAAGUUGGUUUGGGUUUGUUUUUAAUAGUUUUUAUAAGAAACAACGAUGCUUUGCAGCAGUGCAUUGUAGCCACAAUCGCACAAUAUAUUUUCUUAAAGAAAAAUAAAUACCAGCAGUUCCUCAUGCAAUAUAUUCUGCAUUUAUAAAAGAAAAAAAAAAACCCUAGUUUUUAAAGAAGAAUCUUCUUUUGUUUGCCUAUGAAAUCAUGUUUAAACCUGGAUUAUGUCAUUAUUCACGUUGUAAUAUAAAUUGUUCUUAAAUGCUGUCUUAUGCUUUUGACUUAAAUGAGUGUGGGUAGUCAAAGGAAAAGGCUUUAUCUGGAAAGGGCUAGCAGCAUUUUAUUUGGAUACAGUCUCAAUUUAGAGAGAGUUUGAUGUUCUUAAAGUAGUCACUUUGCCAGCUUAAAAAGAAAAUUCCCUGCCUGUAGUUGUUGAAGUAAAUGCUAAUAUUGUGUAUGAAACUUAAAUCUAAAUGUUCAGCUUACCCUGUGUGGUAGAGGUGAUAUUUCAAGCAGAUUGUAAAACAUCUUGCAUUGUUAGCAAAGUUUUAUCUAGUACAUCAUUGAGUUGCUCAAUAUUUUGAUGUUUUGGGUUUAUGCACCUUGUUGCUAUUAACAUCCAUAUGUUUUCAUGUAGAUUUCCAUAACUUGGAUAUAUUUAGAAACCUUUUUAUUUAGAAAUAUAUAGUUGUCACAAACAUCUUCCUUUCCUAUAUGUACUGUACAAAACCUUCAUCCACUCAUUCUUUUGCUCUUUGUGGUUGGAUCUAACACUAACUGUAUUGUUUUCUUACAUCAAUAAACUAUAUGUGGACCAGGCCCCCUUGGGGAGUGUGUUAUCUGAGAGAAAUGAGAUAAUUUAUAUUUUUGUUAGUGGUUAUUGUUCAUCAGUGUUCCCUUUUUAACUUAGAGUUGAUUGGAAAUCACUGCUUCCUUAUUUUGAUUGUAACAUCUCUGUGUUACUUCUUUGAGCCUAUCCAGUACUGAAGUCUCCUAGACAGUGUCGUACUACCGCUCGCCAAAGAUGUUAAACUUCUUCAAUCUAUUCUCACACCAGUUAGCAAACUUGAAAGUGAGGAGACUCUGUUUAUGUUACAUCAGAGUGGAAGGAUUCUUCCUAGGAACAGCUUAAAGGCUUAUCUCUGGAAGCUUUAUCAAGGUAAUACUGGAAAGCAGGAGAAAGUAAAUUCACAGGCGUGAUCAGUUAAAGAUGGAUUUCUAUCUCAAAACUGCACAAUUAGAAAUUUAAGCUGGUACUUGAUGAUAAAAUUUGUUUCUGCAUUCUUGUGCAGUUGACUCAGUAGCUUUUACUUCUUUCAUUUUGCUGUCAUACUGAGGUACAACCCUGUAAUAUGUAAACAUGGCCAAAGUAUUUUGUGCAUUCUUCAAAACGCUUUAAAAGAAGAUCUUAAUGUGGAUUUUAGGAAAAACUGUACUGAAAUGCUUAUCAGGCACUGGAACAGGCUGCCCAAGGUGGGUGGUUAAAUCAGUCCUAGAGGUAUUCAAAAAGACAUGUAGAUGUGGUGCUAAGCAGCAUGGUUUAGCAGCAGACUUGGUAGUGUUAGGUCAGUGGUUUGGCUUAAUCAUAGCAUGUCAGAAUGUCUUGUAGGUCUUUUCUAGCCUAAACCAUUUUUAUGACUCAGCGUAAGAAAUCAAACAUGAAGUGUCACAAGAAUUGGUUUCACUCAGCUCUUUGGUCUUUUGAAAUCAAUAUAAGCUUAACCUGCUGUCCAAAAUGACCAUUACUGAAUUCACUGUAUCAAUUCACUGUAUUCACAAGCACUGUAUCAAACUAAAUGGAGUCUACUAGCUACCAACUGAAAAAAAAACCAAGCCACUGGUAGUGGAAGAUAGUUGCAUACUUAAAAGGUUGAGUAAAAGUUGCACAAAGAGGAGAAAGUGUACAGGUGAAGCUUUAUGCAGAGAACGUUUUUAAUACAUACACCUGCUACUAAACUACACUAUUAACUAUUUUAAUGCAGGCUUUUGAAUGCAGUGUACGAAGCUAAUCAAGUUCUCUGGCAGAGCUACUGCAUACCUACUGUGUGUGGUCUCUUGGGUUGCAUUCUUUCAAGGCCACCUCUGUCAGCAGACAGAAGGUUUAAUAGUAAGGUUGGUGAAGGUUUAGGUAAAGCACCAGCUGUUAGGGCCAUCCCUUAUAUUUAGCCCUGCAUGGAUUGACACGAUGCUUCUGCAAGACAGUGAGGAGAGCCUUGCCGACAUGUGAAAGGUACAAGUAGGUUCUGCUUUUUCUUUGUGCCUCAGCAAGCUCUGAGCUUGCCUGGUGAGUUAUCCUUUUUCAUCUCCUGAGAGAAGCUUCGUGCCAAUUGUUCUGCUAACCUAGACCUUAUUUUAGAGGACUCUGAUCUGUUUGGAGCUCUCAGUUCCUCGUCAGUGUACUUUCAAGAGGGAUGUGAAUUUUCAUUGAGAAAAAUCAUGUUAAAAAGAGAAGGAAGACUUAAGUGACUCGCAUGACUUACGGUUAUGAGCUUGCUGGAGUAAUCUCUGGUCUUAAUGAUAAUGACAGCAGCUGUGGAUUUAAGUAAUUUCAUCUAAAUCUUCCUGACUCUUACAUUUUUUAUUUUAUGGUUUAACAAAACUUUUUUUUUUCCUGUCCUGGUAAAAGUCACUGAAUGAAGCAGUUAAUUGAAUGAACUGCAGUAGCUGUCAUUUGUUUAGGGGAAAACAAAACAAAAUAAAUCCAACCCCCAGCCCUCUGCCUCCCAAACCUCCUAGGGAUGCUGAAGAAUGCAUGGAAAAGGACCAGUAAUUGCCCUGUCCCUGAAAGAGCUUUGCUAAAUGCACGUGGGAGUUUUCAAAGCCUAGAAGUACAUAACUCAGCUGCUGCUUUUCGGCUGAGGCUGUGCGUGUGUUUUUGGUUGUGCUGGUGUGUGUUGGUGUCUUUGUUUUUCCUUCCACUAACAAUACCCCAGCUCUAUUCUAAACAUAUUUUGGAGACAAGCUUCUAGAAUACAUUCUUUUCUAAAAGGUCUUAGUAAGUGUGAAGAAGAUUUUUUUUCUUCUUUAAAAGAAGUAGCUGACCUGUUAGCUUUUAAAAUGUUAAGGCGCUACGUUAGAGCGUUUGUUCUUCACCAGUAGUAAAGAACACACUCCCCUUUCCUUAUGCAUACCCAAAAACCAUGCUUGAUGAUGUGGAAGUGAUAAACUGAGGAGAGUAACAAAGUUAUCUUCUAGGAGGUGACUGUGACCACAUCAGGAGUCAAACCAUGCCUUCAUGGCUGUGCUAACAGUAAUAAAUUGGUUUUUUUUUUCAUAAACGUAUGCAGUCUAGUAGGUUGUUUUAUCAACCACAGUGGAAGGCAAAGGAAUCUUUAAAAACUAGUAUUUAUGACAACAGCAUUCUUUUAUCUGAGAAAUAGUUACAGAUAACUUCAGCUGUAGCUGCCAACAAAUCACUUAAGUCUACUGUCCAGGAACUUGAUCUCAGGUGUAAUACAGUGAGUAAACUAAGGUAGCCCAGAGGCCCAAGUACACGUUUCUAACACAACUUCUUCCCACAUGGUGAACUAAGCUUAGACUGUUUUGACCUUUGAAGACCUUAGAGUGAAACUGGAAUACUUUACUGUUAAGUUUCCUUUCCUGUGCACAGCCAUGAAACUCUCCCUGAGUGAUUACUGAAUUAAAGAAUGGGAGAGUAAGGUCAGAGAACACUUUAAACUUCACACAACAAUUAAAAGACUUUCAAAGCUUAUUUUGGAUUCAUUGAUCAGCUCUGCUUCCACUGAAAUAACCGUAGGAUCAGAAAAGCCUGAUGAUUACAGGCUUACAUAUUGAACAAUUACUUAAUAGUAACUGUUCACUAUUUAAAAAGCUGUUUAAUGAAAGAGCUGCACAAUGGUAGCUAAAGGCAGGAAUGUGAGCUGCCGCACCAGUAUCUGUUGGCAAGCUUGCUCCCCUGUUACACUGCUGAAUGAACCAUUUCCUUUGAACAGUGUUGUGGAAGCUGGGAGAUGCGAGUCCCUGAGCACUGUUAACCAGGCUCCACAUGCCCCAGGUCAACCAUCUGUUCCUGUCUCUCCUGAUUAGCUGCUGCUGAACAGAACACACAUCUCACUCAAAUGUCACUGCACUUAGGCAUGCUAUUCAAACUAUAAUUGUCCAGCAUGAACACUUUACAGGCCAGAAGUACUUGGUAGGAAGAUGAUUUUCAUAGGAAUUUUCAAGUUGGGUAACCAGCUACCCUUAAAAAUAGCAAUUAGGCACUUGACUCCCUGGAAAGCUCCAUCCCGGAGAGUUGUGAUUCUGAUCCAAGUUCUAGAAAUGACUUGUCAUUUUCCUUCUGCUUCCCUGUUUACCUUGAGCAAGGCUUGCCAAGUUACCAAAAAGUUAAGAGUUUGCUACUGGCUGUAUACAGUCUGGUAGAUUUUGUGAAUAAUAGCAGUAUUCUCUCAUGAAGAAGUGGUAUAUUUUAAUGGAAUUCUUUUUUGGAACCAAGUACAACGUAUUGCAAUUGAUAUUUCUCUUGAAACACUUUGACAUACUUGUGACUGUAUUUCUUUUUGAUUGUGUAACAGUACAAAAUUCAAUAAAAGAGAGGGUUUGUUUCUAA